AGCAGUGAAACCCGAAAAGAGUUGAUGAUAGGGUAAAGGGGGCGCGAGGGAGGAUUUAUAAAAACAGACACAAAAAGGGGCUGCUGCCUUCAUCUUCAUCUUCAUUCUUCAGCCUUGACGGCAGGGCGGUAGUCCAGCCAAGUAGUGAUUACGCGAGAGAGAUAUAGAUUGAGAUUGAGAAGAUUGUAUUGAAUUUAUCAAACCCUAGAAUUGUGAUUGAGAAAGAGUUUGAUUCAAGAUGAGGAUAAUGAUUAAGGGAGGGGUGUGGAAGAACACCGAAGAUGAGAUCUUGAAAGCGGCUGUUAUGAAAUAUGGUAAGAAUCAAUGGGCUCGCAUCUCUUCUCUUCUUGUUCGUAAAUCUGCUAAGCAAUGUAAGGCUCGCUGGUACGAGUGGCUCGAUCCUUCCAUCAAAAAGACUGAGUGGACCAGAGAAGAAGAUGAGAAGCUACUCCACUUGGCAAAGCUAAUGCCCACUCAGUGGAGGACAAUCGCUCCGAUUGUGGGUCGUACUCCAUCACAGUGUCUUGAGCGCUAUGAGAAACUCCUUGAUGCAGCAUGUGCUAAAGAUGAGAACUAUGAGCCAGGAGAUGAUCCCCGAAAGUUGCGUCCUGGAGAGAUUGACCCUAACCCAGAAUCAAAGCCUGCUCGUCCUGAUCCUGUUGAUAUGGAUGAAGAUGAAAAAGAAAUGCUUUCAGAAGCACGAGCUCGGCUUGCCAAUACGAGGGGGAAAAAGGCAAAAAGAAAAGCUAGGGAAAAGCAGCUUGAAGAAGCCAGGCGGCUUGCAUCUUUGCAGAAAAGGAGGGAAUUAAAGGCAGCAGGAAUUGAUAAUAGGCACAGAAAGAGGAAAAGGAAGGGUAUCGACUAUAAUGCUGAAAUUCCCUUUGAGAAGAAGCCUCCUCCAGGCUUUUACGAUGUAACUGAUGAAAGUCGAACGGUUGAACAGCCAAAGUUUCCAACAACUAUUGAGGAACUUGAAGGUGAAAAGAGGUCUGAUAAGGAAGCCCGUUUGAGAAAGCAAGACGCUGCUAGGAAUAAGAUUGCACAGAGGCAGGAUGCGCCUGCAGCUAUACUGCAAGCAAACAAGCUUAAUGAUCCAGAAGCGGUUAGAAAGAGGCCAAAAAUGAAUCUCCCUACACCUCAGAUUCCAGACCAUGAACUGGAGCAUAUUGCAAAAAUUAGGCUUCCUGCUUCAAAUGAAGAACUAACAGAAGGGAGUGGUGCCACACGUGCUCUUCUUGCAGACUAUGCUCAUACACCACGUCAGGGAGCAACAUCAUUACGAACCCCACAAAGAACUCCUGCAGGUAAGCAUGAUGCAAUAAUGAUGGAAGCAGAAAACCAGGCCAGAUUGAGAUUGUCUCAGACACCGUUACUAGGAGGGGAGAACCCAGAACUGCACCCUUCUGAUUUUUCAGGUGUUACUCCAAGGAAGAUGGAAAUUCAAACACCAAAUGUUAUGAUGACUCCCUCAGUAACUCCUAGUCCUGGAGGUGCAGGUCUAACUCCUAGAAUCGGGAUGACACCUACGAGGGAUGGUCCUUCAUAUGGUAUGACACCUAAAGGAACUCCAAUUAGGGAUGAGCUGCACAUCAAUGAUGAGAUGGAUAUGCAUGACAGUGCAAAACUUGAGUUGCGAAGACAAGCUGAUUUGAGACGGAAUCUGCGUUCUGGUUUGACCAGCCUCCCGCAGCCAAAAAAUGAAUAUCAGAUUGUGGUUCAACCGAUUCCUGAAGACAAUGAAGAGCCAGAAGAAAAGAUGGAAGAAGAUAUGUCUGAUAGGAUUGCUAGAGAAAAAGCUGAGGAGGAAGCUAGGAUGCAAGCUUUACUUAAAAAAAGGUCGAAAGUACUGCAGAGAGAGCUCCCUAGACCUCCCUCUGCUUCACUGGAACUUCUCAAAAAUUCUUUGCUUAGAGCUGAUGAGGGUAAGAGCUCCUUUGUUCCUCCUACUUUGAUUGAACAAGCUGAUGAGAUGGUAAGAAAGGAGCUCGUGUCCUUACUCGAGCAUGAUAACAUCAAGUAUCCAAUUGAUGAAAAAGUUCAGAAGGAGAAGAAAAAAGUUACAAAGCGAACUACAAAGGGAAAUUCUGCUCUUGUCCCCUUAAUAGACCAAUAUGAAGAGGACGAGUUAAAGGAGGCUGAUCUUUUAAUUAAAGAAGAAUCCCAAUUUCUCUGUAUGGCGAUGGGUCAUGAGAGUGAAUCCUUUGAUGAGUUUGUUGAAGCACACAACACAUGCGUAAAUGAUAUCAUGUAUUUUCCUACCCGCAAUGCUUAUGGUCUGUCGAGUGUUGCUGGAAACAUGGAAAAGGUUGCUGCGUUACAGGAUGAGUUUGAAAAUGUGAGGAGCAGGAUGGACGAUGAUACUAAAAAGGCUCAGCGCCUUGAACAAAAGAUUAAACUUUUAACAAAUGGUUAUCAGCAUAGAGCUACAAAUCUUUGGUCACAAGUUGAGGCAACUUUCAAGCUAAUGGAUGAUGCUGGUACAGAGCUUAAUUGCUUCCAAGCUUUGCGUAAUCAGGAGCAGCUUGCAGCAUCUCACAGAGUUAAUACGCUCUGGGAAGAAGUUCAGAAGCAGAAAGAGCUUGAGCAAACUUUACAAAAACGCUAUGGUAAUCUUUUGUCAGAGCAAGAAAGAAUUCAGGGCAUGAUGAAUGAAUUUAGAGCAAAAGCUCGAGAAGAGAAUGCAGCAAAGCAGCAUGCUCUUGAGUUGGCUGAGGCCGCGGAGAAGCAGCAUGCUCUUGAGUUGGCCGAGGCUGCGGAGAAGCAGCAUGCUCUUGAGGUGGCUGAGGGUGCGGAGAAACAGCAUGCUCUUGAGUUGGCUGAGGUUGAGGAGAAGCAACGUGCAGUUGAGUUGGCUGAGGUAGUGGAAACACAGCAUGGUGUUGUGGUAGCUGAGAUGGAGGAAAAACAGAAUGCUGGUGAGCUGACUGAGCCUGAGAGUGAAAGGCAGCUCCCCGGAAUGAAAUCUGCCGAGGACCACACUCCCGAGCUGGCCAAAGGCGAGGAAGAAAUUUUGGGAAACCAAUUAUCUUUUGAGGGGAAUGAGGCCGUGGCUUUAUCCGAAGCCAUAGAUUUUGCUGAUGCUAAGGAUGGUGAAAGUAUUCAAGACGGCAUUACGGUGACAACUAUCACAACUUCCGUCAGUCAAACCGUGACAACUGUGACAACUUCAGUCAGUCAAACUGGGACAGAUGAGGAGGUAAAACAAGAAUAAAUUUAAGGAUAUCCUGGAUUGUUAAAUUAGAUGGAAGAAAUUCUGUGCUAACAGCUUCUGUUCAAGCUGGAGUGGUUUGAGGACCUAGGUUGAGUUUUGUAAUGCAAGUUAAAUUAAUUAUCUUACCAGUUGAAGUAAGAAUUAUUUGGUAUUUCACUUUCUGCAGUAUGCAUGAACUUGAAUGAUAUUAGUGAGAAUGUUUUGUACUAAAUGAAACUAAUAUUUGUUGUUGAGAUUCCUUUGUUUA